AUGGCGUCUUUAGGACAAAUCGACCCUAACGCACAGAUGACUAGUUCAAUCCCUAACAAAAGGGCUAAGAUCAUUGAUACUUCUAAGUUAAAUGCCAAUGAGCCCAAGAAACGUAAAUCGCAUCCAGUUGAAGAACCCCACGAUAUCCCCGAAAUUGACGACAAUGAUCCCCGCCUCUAUGAGAUUCAGGACACAUGCAAUCAAGUCCGUAAUAAGAUUAGAGACUUCAUCGGAGGUGGAAAUAUGAGGGUAGGCGAGUUCCAGAGCAUCAUUGGCGUGUCACCUCAGGCCUACCGACGAUUCAUGAAUCAAACCGGCACCUACGAAGGAGAUGGAUGCGACACAUAUUUCAAAGCUUACACUUUCUUUGAAAAGCGAGAACUACAGGGUAUCAAAGUCGCACCACCGAAGAGAACAAAGAAGAGUGAGGAGAAGAAGGCUAUGGAUGUUGAUGAUAUCAAACUUGAUGGCGAGGAGACCGAAGAAGUGCCAGUAUACGACACAUGUGAUGAAAUCCGUAAAGAGAUCCGAGCUUUUCUGCGGAAGCCUAAUAUUAGUCAGGCUGGGUUCUGCCGAGAGAUAGCUAAGAGCUUCCCUGGAAAGUGCAAUGUCCAAUCCAGACAGCUUAACGCGUUCCUAGGAAAGAAGGGGCCUAUGUCAGGCAACACUAGUUGUGUUUUCUAUGGAGCAUUAUGUAUUUUUUGA